AUGAAGCUGAUUCCCGAGUCUUUCACUCGGGGUCCGGCUGUCAUUCCUCGCUUCCCCACCAUAACUGCGGCAUUCUAUCAUCAUGCCACGUUCUACCCAGAGGAUCUUGCCGCCAUCGACAUUUCUCAGACACCACCUACUCAAAUUACUUAUGGAGCACUUUCUCUGAGGGUCAUCGCCCUCUCGCGGAAACUUCGAAAUGCUGGCAUCAAGCCAGGUGACCGAGUCCCUCUAGUGGUCAAGAGAAGCAUCGAUAUGCUCGUGGGCAUAUAUGCCAUCCUUUCGGCAGGCGCCCAAUAUGUACCCCUCGACGGUGGUGUGGUUCCAGACUCGACAGUACGGUUAGUGGUCGAACAGUCCGCUAGCAGACUUGUGCUGUGUAUGAAGUCUACGAGGCACCGCCUUGCCGCCUUCGAGCCUGAGCGCGAGGUGAUCGCCAUCGAUGAGCUGGGUGCCUUGGUGCCGGAAUACGACGCUGCGAUCACAUCUGACGACUUCUCCACCCCUACUACUGGAUGCUAUGUGAUAUACACAUCAGGAACAACGGGCACGCCAAAGGGUGUCGAUGUCACACAUCAGAACGUUGUGAACCUUGUGUGCCAGUCUCCCGGGGAUCUUGGGAUCGCUCGAGGCACAAGAGUUGGGCAAGUCCUGAAUAUCGGUUUUGAUAUGGCUGCCUGGGAAAUUUUGGGUUGCCUCUCCAAUGGUGGAACAUUGGUGCUCCGUGGAUCAGACUGGAACGCAGUCGUUGCGCAGAUCGACACGUUUAUCUGCACACCCAGCAUCCUUGCACUGUACGAGCCCAGCCAGUUUCCCAACAUCAAGACCGUCGCGACUGCUGGUGAACCGAGCUCUCAGAGUCUUGCGGACCGCUGGAGCUCUCACGGAGUAUAUUACAACUGCUGUGGCCCGACUGAGACCACUAUCGUCAAUACUAUGCACAAGCACACUGUUGGUGCUGAUCUGACAAUUGGCCGACCGACCCCAAACAACUCGGUGUAUAUCCUCGACGACUCCGGAAACCCGGUUGCAGUGGGAGAGACGGGAAUCAUGUGGGCCGGUGGCCACGGCAUCUCUCGCGGUUAUAUCGAUCUUCCCGAAAAGACGGCCGAGAAAUACCGGAUUGAUCCUUUUGCGAACAAUGGCUCCAUGAUGUACAACACUGGUGACUUGGGUCGCUGGAGAGCAGAUGGCACCAUCGAGCCACUCGGUCGAAUCGAUGACCAAAUCAAAAUCAAGGGCUUCCGAGUCGAACUCGACGGGGUAACCGCCUCGCUUAUCGCCUCACCUACGGUCACCAAGGGCAUCGCCGUGUUUCUCGCGGGCGAGAUUCACGCAUUCGUGACACCAACCGACGCAGAUCCCGCCAAGAUCAAGGCGCACAUGGGAAAGCACCAACCUUAUUAUGCCAUUCCAAGCCACUUCCAUGGAAUGAAGGCUCUCCCGCUGACGGCCAAUGGGAAAGUGGAUAAGAAGGCACUGGGCAACUAUUUCACCGAGAAGCAGCAGGUCAUGGCUGAGGUCAAGGCUGCUACUCUUCCUAGGGCCCCUUCGAGCACAUUCACACUCAGUCACUCUCGCUCGACAUCCCUCUCUACACUGGAGUCGCUGGACGAGAAGCCCGAGAAGCUGGAUCUGAAUCAGGACAUACCGGCGAAGCUGCUACCACAACCCUUCCGUGGGCUGUUUCAUCGCCUCCUCAUUGUGUACCGCCAGCUGUUCACAGUCGUCACUGCGUUCAAUCUCAUUGCCGUUGGGGCCCUGGUCUUUGUCGGCCCCACGCAAGAUCGUCUCGCCCUGAUGACUGCUGUCAACCUGAGCAUGGCGGUCCUCAUCCGCCAGGACUUUGUCAUCAACGCUCUUUACACGGUGGCCUGCUCUGUCCCGAAGUCAUGGCCACUCGGCAUUCGCAAGAGGUGCGCCAAGAUCUACCACCUGGGCGGCGUGCAUUCCGCUGCUGCCAUCUUCUCGGCCCUGUGGCUGCUUGCGUCAAGUCUCAGUGACGCAGUCUGCGGCUCAGUCUCGUGCAGCGGCUGGGCACGGCAAUCACUUGCGCCAAAGGUCAUCUCAUGGCUUCUCUGCGGUCUCUACGUGGUGAUGAUGGCGUUUGCAUGGCCUUCGGUGCGCAAGAGCCGCCACAACCUUUUUGAGAUGGUCCACCGCUUUGUUGGAUGGACAAUGUUGGGCUUGUUCUGGGCACAGGUGGUGCUGGCCACAAACGACAGCAAGGCCACCGGCAUGACGCUUGGCGAGGCAUGUGCCCGGAACCCCAGCUUCUGGCUCUUGGCCGUAGCGUCCAUGAGCAUUGUCACCCCCUGGCUGUUUCUGCGCAAGGUCACGGUCGACGCCGAGCCGCUCUCGAACCACGCCGUUCGCCUCCACUUUGACUACACGGUUCCAGUCAACGGCACCUUUACCCGCCUGUCGAAGCGUCCUCUGCUUGAGUGGCACUCGUUUGCUACGAUCCCCGCCCCCGAGCCCGUCUCUGGUCGACCCAAGGGCUACUCGCUCGUGGUUUCCAACGCCGGGGACUGGACCAAGGCGUGCAUCAACAACCAACCCACCAAGAUAUGGGUCCGGGGUGUCCCUACCUGUGGCGUCAUGCGGAUCGCGACGCUCUUCAACCGGCUCGUUGUGAUCGCUACAGGGUCUGGAAUCGGCCCACUUCUGGGCCACCUCCAGGAUCCUAGCUGCCCGACCAAGCUGCUCUGGUCCACGAAGGACCCCGAAAACACAUUCGGCGACAUGUACAGACUGCUCAAGGAGAAGGCCCCGGACGCCGUCGUCCACGACACAAAGCUCAGCGGUAGGCCCGAUCUCGUCAAGAUGGGCUACAACCUCGCCAAGAGCUUCGGCGCGGAGGGCGUCAUCAUCAUCGCCAACGAGAAGAUUACCAGGAAGGUCGUCUACGGUCUCGAGAGUCGCGGCAUGCCAGCCUACGGCGCUAUUUGGGACAGCUGA